UUAGAUGAAGUUCAUAAAGAACGUCUUUUAAAGAAUUAGCAGAAGUUUAUAAAUAGCACCAUUAGUUAAAGUUUAUAAACAACAUACACCGAUCGACAUUUAUUCAAAUUAAACUUUAAUUCUUACCAAACGCAGGUGAAUCUACGUUUCAAGGCAUGUAAGGUUGUUGUUGUUUUUUUUAAUCUUACUUGCCUUGAAUGAGUCAGGUGUGGCAUCAGUUGAAUGGUGUCACGUGUCAAUCCUCUUGCACUGGCCCUGCCUUUGCACACGGCCCGCUCGUUGUCUGUGCGCGCGCCGUAGUCCGUAGACCGCGUGCUCUUUGUUGUCUUUUACGUCGACGUUAUCUGCUGCCUAGUCCCUCCACCCUACCCUGCCCGUGCUCCCAAAAGAAGAAUCAAGAAUAGCUCCCCACCCCCUUUACCCCCGCGCCAAGCAUUUCUGUUUUCUGUUGGUGCUGUGUUCAUCCUGCGAGCACAAUGCCUGACAUGUCAGUCGUUAGAUGAUAGUCGUUAUUUGCCGACAAGUGCCACAGAGCACACAGCUGGGCGGUCUGCGACACUUCACAGCGGCUUGCUGGGAACUUCUUUGUUUGCAGCAUUGCCAGCACCGUCUGCCCCUUGCAGCAGAAGGGAUGAAUGAGUAGACGAUGACUAAUAACUAAUCGAUAACAGUGACGAGUGUGCAAAUGAAGAUGAUAACUUUGUAACAGACUGUUCUUUUCGCUUGGUGUCGGUGUACUGUAGUAGUAGUGAUAGUGUACUGUCUUUCUCUCCCGAUCGCAUCUUUCCGUUGCAGCACACGGGGUAGUGGUGGGGCCUCGCUCGACUUACACCAGACUGUUUGGCACGUGCACAGGCUGGGUAGAACCGCGGUUCUUCAUUGCUGUGUCGACUGUACAGCCACUGCAACCUAGCGUGUUGUGUGUUGGCACUGCACCCACUGUAGCAAAGUUCGGUGUGUGUCAGCUGUACACUCAUUGUAGCAUAUAGCAUUCUGUAUUAUCAAACUCCAAGGUGUGAUCGCCAUGCUAUCCUUCACUUGGCCUUCUCGGAGCUAUACCUGUGAGUGUUUAAGUGUGAUCUCAACAUUUGGGAUUUACCUGGGUCUUUUGGCUCAUUUCAUGCACCGUUUAGAUUCCGCAGUACGAAAUCCCAUCCAUGGUGAUUAUGCGUGCUAGAGAGGAAAUAUUAGUCGUUUAAUGCUUUGCUGAUAUUAUGACCAUUUGUCGAAAUCUAAAGAAAGUAAAGAAAAAAGUUACCUGGCAAUUUCUUGAUGUGUCACCACUACCUAGCUGAUUUGCCAGUUCACAAGUACCCAGCUGACUGGCUCUCACAAGUGCGCCUGACUGACUGGCAAUCACAUAUCUGAUUGCUGACUUGCUUGCUGCUAUACGUCUUCGCCACUCACCACUCCACCAAUUACCAUUGUCUGGGCCGAUCAGCCUCAGGAAGGAACCAAUGUACUUUCAGCACCUGUAACCCUUGUUCUUGUCUGUAGAAAAGGGACCGGCACCCUCUCUUUUUAGCUGCUAUAAUUCUUGUAACCCUUGGUUUUGUUUGCUACACUUAAAAGUGACUGAUAGCCCUUGGUUUUGUCUAUCGUACUUGUCCAAUACUCAUUCGCGCAGGGCCAAAUUUUUCCUGUCGGUCGUGAGAGCUACUCAAAACUAUUCUCUUGUGUUUAUUAGAACCAGGGUUAGUUCACUGAGUUUACCGCAAGGGCUUCUUAAUUUCCUUAUUCUUCUUCAUCCCUCAUUUAUGGUUUUUUCCCCAUAAUGAAAAAAAUCAGUGUACAUUUUUUUCCUCGGAAACAUGUAACUCUGCCACAAACAUAGUGAAAAUUGUGUAGCACUGUAGGUUUCACUUCAUUCAUUGCUAUCCAAGGAAGGUGGCGUCAGUAGUUUCUACCGUUGUCUUAGACCCAGUAACAGACGCUGACCAUGUCAGCCAUGCUGUCGUUUGUCCAGGACAAGCUGCUUGUCAUCGAGGCAGUGAAGGCCGGCCGUGAAGACAAGGUGCAGGCCCUAUUAGACAGUGGCUGUCAACAAGACGCAGUGGAUGCGGAUGGCCGCACAGCGCUUCACUGGGCAUGUCAAUACGGUCAUCUAACCAUCACAUGUCGACUUCUCUCCACUGCUGCCAUGGCUGUUUGCUCGACAUGUGGGGGUCGGUGGAACUUGAACGCUCAUUCCGCCCUUCACGUGAACUCUAUCUCAAACGUUCACUUGCAAGCCAGCAGGCCUGCAGUUACAAACAAGGCGACUCUCGUAACCGUUUCUCGCAGAGGUGACUCGCAGUCGUCUUCCCGUGGCAGGAAGCCGAUGUCGCCAGGUGGUCGCGAGGCUGAUCAGCAGACGGAUAUACCUGGCAAGUGCAGCUGCCUCAAGACCAGAGACUGGCAGCUGCGUGACGUCAUCAACAGACGAGACGCCAAAGGUCAGACCCCGCUGCACGUGGCAUGUAACUUCCGUCGCGAAGACGUGGCCGCCUUCCUGGCUACUCUCCCCCUGUGUGACCUAGACGCACGAGACGAGCAGGGCCAUACGCCGCUUCAUCGAGCCGUGCACGCCAAUCUGGAGACGCUGGCGGCCUUGCUGUGUGACUUGGGCGCCGACGUGCACGCACGUAACGCCUUGCUGUGGACGCCCUUGCACGAGGCAGUGCGCACUGGCAAUGAGAACGUAGUGCGCAUGCUGGUGAACAGAGGCUGCGACCUCAACGCUGUGACGCACAACGGUAUGACUCCUUUUUUAACGGCCGUCUUUUAUUACAGGAUCGCCCAGCGCGCUACCUACAAGACUCUUGAUGGCGUGUUGAGACACUUGAUUGAGGCGGGUUGUCGCCUGUCGCAAGGGGACUCUCAGUGGACCCCACUGUCAGCAAGCAUCGCCAUCGACAACAGCAUUAUCGCCUCUCUUCUUCUGUACAAUGGCUGUCGUUUCGAAAGGUGUUGUCCCACUUACAGUCGGAGCAUGCUUGUUGAGGCUUUCUCUCGCUGCGAGCCUUUGGUGGCCAGACUGAUGGUGGAAUGUGGCUACCAGCCUAAUAACGAGGAGAUGGAACUGUGCUCACGAAGGAUUCCAGCCUUCUCACCCAUCUUUCUGCGCUUGCCUGUUGCCCAUGCGCAGACGUCUUUGAAGGAGAAAUACCAGCUUCUGCAAUGGCUGCGGCAGCGUGCACACAAUGCAUGCUCGCUGAUGGAGCUGAGUCGCACGGCCAUCCGGCUGGCCUUGAACCACGCCGCAGACGAUGCAUCCAUCUUGAGGCGCAUGGCACAGUUACCACUUCCCUCAGCUCUUCUGGAUUUCAUUCUUCUGCAGAAGUUCACCGACGACUUAACAAUGAGCUGAGAAUGCAUGCUUCUGGUUAAGAGUUCGUGUACUCUUAUGAUGCGACAGUGCAGGUUGCAUAAUAAUAAUAAAUGCAAAAUUUGUAAACCGCAUACUCACAUUCCUAAGGAGUAUGCUAAUAGCGCUUAAGAACAAGAACGAAACAUGGACAGCAUACGAGGGACAGGAAAA